UUUAAGUUGCUGACCUGUAGAUAGAUCCUUCAUGUGACGUGUGUAAGUCAAAUAUUUCCUGUCAAUGUCCAUCACUAGAAACUAAAAACAUAACCUAAAAAUAAAUCACAAAAUAACCUCUAAGUCCCUAAACAACAAUUUUUAUUUUUUGCUAUCCGAUUUUUGAAUAAGAAUGUUUGCUAAUAAAUUAUUCACAUUCAAAUGUGUAACACCUUCAAUAACAGUAAGCAGAAAUGUUGGUAAAUGCAAAUUUAACUGGUUUAAUGAAGGAAUUCAAUACCCUGGUUUCAAAUACUAUCCCAGAAACCCGAACUUUCAAGAUCCACCUUAUGAACCUUCAAAGCUGUUCAGAGUCAAAAGAAUCAGACCUUUGAAGGGACUUCCACACUGGGAGAAGAAAAUCCUUACCGAAUUCAAAUUGGAUGGCAAUGAUUAUGCAAUAAUAAAGAACAUCCCAGAAAACAACCAAAGGUUAUGGAAAGUUAAACAUGCAGUUCAAAUUGUCCCAAUAACCUUUCCAGAUGGGUUUCCUAAAGAAACAGACAGAACUGUUCUAACUGAAUAUGGAGAGCUAAAGAUAAUAAAGAGUAUCGACUCUGUUGAGAAAAGGUUACAGCUUGCUGAUGAGUUCCAGAAAUUACCUGAAAGGAUGGAUGGAGACACAUUGAGGAGGAAUUUAAGAAAAAAGUGGCUUACUGGGUUUGAAAAUAUUGCUUAGUUUAUGUAUAUGAGUAUUUGAUAAAGAAUAAUAAAAAAAGAAAUGAUU